AUGGAAGAGAGGGAAGAGAGCAUCAGCUUUGUAGACCAGCGGUUUCUCGGCUCAAAGCCUCUUGACGAUACGAAUGUCCUGGAGUACUUCUCUGGGUCGCCCUUCUACGACAAGUCCUGCAAUAAUGAAAUACUCAAGAUGCAGACGCAGUUCAGAGGACUCGACCAGAAGUCCAAGCUCUUCUCGAUGGUAGGGAUAUUCUAUGAGGUGGAGAGUAGCAACCAUGAGAAGACGCUGUUCGUGAUCAGAAAGGCAUACAACCAUGGGGACACUGCAGAGACGCUGGGGAUGUAUUACAUAAUCCACGGACAUGUCUAUGCUGCACCCACAAACUAUUCCAUCUACAGAUGCAGGAUGGGCGACUCGAUGUGGCAACUGAACUCGUUUAUUGAUAGGAUGAUGGAGAAGAGGAGAUUCAACCCGUUCAGUCCGCCCAAAGGCAGGCGCCUUGCAAAAAGCUUGGAGGACAGCAAGGACCUGGACUUUAUGAUGGAGAUCUUUAAUGACUUCAAGAAGGAGCAGGCGGAGUCGUGA